AUGGUCUCGACACGCCAUCGUCCCAGUCUCGAUAAUAACCUCAACGGGUCGCGCUCACCCUCCCACAAGAACGGCGAAAGAGGAGAAGAAGAAGAGAACCCCGCCGUGCGCCGGAUAAAACAAAAACUCGCCAUCGAUGCGACCAGCUCGCUCGGUGGAAGUCAGACCGCGCCCGCCGAGCGCACGAAGAAGAAAGUUCUCGGGACGUAUACUUUCCGCGGAGCGGUGUAUGAACUCGACGAGAACACGCCGCUGGAAUGGAUCGAAUCGUACGGGAGCAAGAAGGAGGAAAAGCGGAGUCGGAAGGAGGCAGGUGCAGUGGCGGAAGCUGACGGGCCGAGCAGGAAGAGGAGGAGAAGGACGGAUAGUGUGCUCGUUGAAGACAAGGGGGGGAAGAAGAGGAGGAGGCUCAGUGAACAGGUGGAUGACCAGCGAGCGAAGUCUCCUCCGGCACCGACAUCCCCAGCAGGAAAGAAGAGUGCGCGCAGAAAGACUUGGUCCAGCUCACGCCAGCGACAAAAGACCAGCGUCGCCCGACCAUCACAGGAAUCGAAAGGAGAUGCACCCAGCACGAACCAGCUCGUAGUCGAAGAACAAGAAGAUCACUCGUACCAAAGCGACAACGACAGCGUCGCCAGCGACAUCCGCCACGGCCGAAACCAAUACACAUCCCUGGCGCGAGAAAUCACCCGCUCGCGCAUCGAGGCCCGCUCGAAGAACUAUGCCAUCGAAAUGCUCUCCUCCGCCGACCUCGAAGCCUUUGCCGCCGCGAGACAGAAAUCCGCAAUCGGACGCCUCGCGCGGAAUCUACUCGAGAUGUCGAAAUUGAAUGGCCGCGUGGCGAAAUUGCAGGAUCGAUACGCGAAGAGGAAGGAGAAGGGGGAUUUCGAGAAAGUUUUGAAGCUCGCGAGGGAGAGGGUCAAGACGAGCGAGCGGGCGAGCAACGGUGAUGGGGUUAGUGCGCGGCCGCAAGCUACAGCUGAGCAGCGAGUGGGGUUUCUGCAGAAUGACGAUCGGACUGUCUUUCAAAUCGGACAUGAGGGCCUUCCGAGCAGUGUCGCGCGCACCACGCCUCCUUCUAGUAUCCCGGGCCUGGACGGCAGCGAUGACAGAGACAAGUUGCCAACGAUAUCGGGGGGUGCGCCGCCAUAUGCAAUCCAACAAAGGACACCCGAUGUAGCGUCCCGGCGGCAGGAUACGCCACUCGAUGCAUCAAUCUCAAGUUCACAUCAACAUCAAUCUGCGGGACCAUCGCCGGACGUAGCCUACAAUGCAGAUGUCACUUCAAGCAAGAUGUCCAAGGCACCGGAGCCACGGAGUACUCCGCUCCCAACCAGAAGCUCCUUCGUCGCCCUCGUGACAAAUCCCACACCAGCAGCCCCCGAUUCCAUACCAGCCAAACCAUCUCAGACCACAUCUCCGCCGACACACCGGCCGCCGACAUCAGCAGGCAUGCGCGUCAGUACGACCCUCCAAGCCGAGCACGCGGACCAUCUGCGGCCUCGUCAUGUUUCUCCCCACGAUGCCAAGGAAGUCCUCCGCGCACAACGGCCGUUCUCAAGGGACUUCCGCGACGACGCAGAUGGUGGCGGCGGCGGCGGCGAGGGCAAUUUCUCGGAUGCGCAGAGGCAGUAUCGUGCGCGUCAGAAGGAGCGCGAGAGGCGGGCGAUGGAGAUGUGGGCUUUGGUGGACAAGCGGAACGGUUGA